UUUCAUUGUCUAGCCAGGGGAUUCGUAAAGAAAUCUGCUGAAUUCGAGGGGGCCGUUGAUUUUCUACGAAAGAUCUGAGCAGUCUAACCUGGAGCGUGAAGGAACGCAUGUGUUUAUAACAUCCUCCCUGGUACAGCUUUUUUCCUCCCAGAAACGUCUCUUAAAGCAGAUGGCUGAAUGCUGGAGUGAAUAAGUUUACACACAGCAGUGCGUCUCUGCUGCAUGUUCAGAUUAACCAACCUGAUUCCUGGGGUCUCUCAGCACAUCCAUCAGAGGGAUGGAAAAAUGGCUGGAAAAGAGGAGCAUUCACACUAUGAACUUGAGGUCUGUAUUUACUGCCGAGCAACAGCGGAUCCUGGAACGCUAUUAUGAGAAUGGCAUGACCAAUCAGAGCAAGAGCUGCUUCCAGCUCAUCCUGCAGUGUGCUCAAGAGACCAAACUUGACUUCAGUGUGGUUCGAACAUGGGUAGGAAACAAGCGGCGAAAGUUGGCGUCUAAGGCAGAUCAGAAUGGCGCUGCUGCUCACGGUUUACCCAAUCAACACUUGGCCGCUGCUGGGGCGUUUGUUGCUGGAUCGGUGUUAACAGCUGAGAUGGCAGCCAUGCGGAACAUUCAGCGUGGCCCUUCAGUGACCCACCUCCUUCCUCCACAGGCCUCAUCCUCUUCAUCGUCGUCUUCUCCAUCAUCUUCUUCCCCGCUCAGCGGACACAGUGACGUGAUUCUGACAGGCAUUUAUGCCAGCUGCUUUGAUGCUUCUACUCAAAAUAGGACAGGGACCAAGUCGUUGCCCUUGCACACAGAAUUGGAGUUGCCAGGUCAUGAUCGCACAGAUGCAGCUUUGCAUCGCACCACCAUUGCAGCCGCUAUGCAGCGUAAAGCCCCCAUCAUCCCCAAUCCCAGUGCACUCAAACCCUUCACAUCCAGAGACUCUGCAGUAAUCGCUCCCAGUUGGGCCAAGCCAUGCAGAACAUCCCAGCCUCCAUCAUGGAAUUUUACCUCCCCCCCAAAAACGUCAGUGGCACACCGGGGCCCUGUAGACGGCGCUGCUCAGAUUCAGCAUGUUUUGACCGUGGCUGGAUUAGGAGAGCGACCUCCCACAGGAAACGCUCCAGAAACCGUGGUAAGAAAAACGAGGCCGGUUGACGCGUCAGAGAUCUUCUCGAUUGCCAUGGAAACGGCAGACGCUGAUGACGAGUACUCUAGAGAAGAGGAGCUGGCGAACAUGGCGGUGCAGAUGCAGUGCAGUAAAGGAUCUGCGGAUGGUGGGCGGAGCUCCAGCGCAGGUUCCUCAGUCUUGGUUGACAGCCCAGGACUAUCAGAGAGGAGCCUGUCAGCCUGUGCGCUCAACCUCUCAAACUCUGCUCUUUUUGGAGAGAAGGGAUGCCAAACCAGCAGCUCCUUGCUGAACAGAUCAUCGUCCCCUAUCAGCUUACCAUUAAAACUGAUCUCCCAGGAAUCUUCCAGAAUUCCCUGUCUCAAGGUAACAAGUAACAUGGCAGCUCCUUGGCUUCACAGUAACUCCCGGAAAAGAACGCUGCAGGACAGGACGCAGUUUAGCGACAGAGACUUGUACACACUGAAGCGCUACUGGGAUAACGGCAUGACCAGCCUGGGCUCUCUGUGCAAAGAGAAGAUCGCAGCUGCAGCUAUUCAACUCAAUGUGGACACUGAAAUUAUCAAGACGUGGAUCGGUAACCGCAGACGGAAGUACCGUCUCAUGGGCAUUGAAAUUCCACCACCUAAAGGAGGGCCGGUCAUGUUCUCAAAUCAGCCAGCGCCGCAUUCACCUCACAUCCUGGAAGAUGACUUUCAGACUGCAGAUCUAGGAGAGGCCUGCGAACACAAUGACGCAAUGUCAUUCUGUUUGUCUGACGAUGGAGCCAGUGAUUUAUAUCUGAAAGAAAAUGACGUUAAUGAUGAAUCGGAUGGUUCCACCCCUGCUAAACAUGUGAAAAUUGAAAUCAUCGAAGAUGAAGAUGAUGACGAUGGUGAUAUGUUGACCACAGAGAUGGAACACAUGCAAAACCUCUUAGAGUUCAAGAAUGAGGAAGUGCAGUUCCUUGAGAAUGAGCUGCAGAACCAGAGGCAGAGGUUCUCAAAGCUGAAGAGCUUCACCAAUAGCCUGUUGAUUGCGGUGAAAAACAAAGACAGAAAGAGACAGCAGGAGCUGUUAGCCAGUCUACCUCAGAAAGGGAAUGAGGACUGGGAGCUAGGCCUGGAAAACCAUAGCGAGUCUGCCGCAGGGACACCCAACAUCCAGAAAGAGUCCUCUGUAUCAGAGGAGGAGGACUGUGAUCAGAUGGGACUAUAAAUGCAGGGCAGCUUCAACCUUUUUCUGUUACUCACACGUGCCGCAUAGUGCCUGUGAAAACCAACCAAUAACUGUUGGACUCUUGAAGAGUCAUUUUCUACAGCAUAUAUCAUAUCAGACUGCCUUGGUCAGGUCCGGUACUAUCAAAUAAAUGCCACUAGGUCAACACAA